AUGGCUGUUCACCACGGUGAUAUAAAGGUGAUUGAAAAGGCGUUGACAGACUACAAGCUCAAAGCCCAGGAGAUGAAUGUAGGUGUGAACUACAUGGCUUUGGACGAUGAACGCAGACGUCAAGAAUUGCUCCUUCGUGAGUUGAGAGAAAUUGAGGAAGAAAUUACAUCUCCGAGUCUACGUAACUCGAAACUACCAAAUUUGGCUUCAGUUGUGGGAACUGAGCUAAGCCACAAUUCAAAGUGUCUUCAAUAUUUGGCUGGAAUAUCGGAACUCGAACGAAGUAUUGGUGACGUAACAACCCAUUUCACCGAACGUUCAGUUGAACUCAGCGAUCCCGGCGCGUUGAGCAAAGACGUUGUGACCUUUAAGACACUCUCCGAAAACGUAAAGAGCUGCUGGUCAUAUGUAGAUCAACUGACAACCUUGGCCCAAAUCCAUUUGAAAGCUUCAGCUGAGUACCAUCAAUUCUUUCAUGAAGCAAAUGAGAUAGAAACUAAAUUGGAAAAGCAAUUGACUAAUGCUCAGAAGGCUCUUAAGUCCGCAACAGAUCGUCGAUCUCAUAAAGAAGCCUCAAAAAUGGCCACCGAAAUCAAUGAGCAACUUAAUGCAAUGCGCAGCCUAUGGAAACGAAGCAUGAAACUUGUGGAGAGAAGCGAGACGAUAAUUCCCAUUCGUAUUCGAAUGGGAGGAGUUGCAAAAGGCAUGGCCAUUGGAGAUCCAAGCAAUCGCCCUGUAAUGGUGAGAGCUUUGGUAAGUCUCACCGGUCCUGACUACAAAAUCCAAAAAGGCGAAAUCCUUCGUCUGAUGGACAACCGACAGGAUUCCCACCUCUGGAGUGUCCGAACGUCCACAGGAACUGUUGAAGUCCCCGGUGUUUGCUUAUGGCUCAUGAACUGCGAUACGGAAGCUGUCGAUCGAGCAAUUAGCAUAAAACAAAAGUGCAAAAAGACCUGGCUAGAAAUAAUCAAUCUGAUACGCCUCCGACUUUACGAAGUGUACUACGACCUAAUGGAGCAAUUCAAUUCGCAAGAAGUGAUUUGCUCACAUGAAGAGGCUUUAAAUUCGCUUUUUGGAGAUAUUCAAAAUCUCCUCAUUACCCCUAUCGGACAAGAUGGACGACUGAAGUCAAACUUGAAUACUUUUCGCCAGAAGGUUAUCAUUGCAAAAAGACUUGAACGAUUGCAGUCGGGUGAUAUUAAUCUGAGAGAAUCUGAAAUCGUUCAGAUACGAUCUCCUCUACUACGUUUGCAUGAUCACAUCAUAGCUGCAGAUCAAAUGCAACAAGACAUGAAAAAAAUCAACGAUCACAUCACGGAGUACCUUUCCCAAGUGGAGAAUGAAAGAAGGCAAAUCGAGAGCAAUCUCGAUCAACUGAAUCGGAUGAACAGAACGAGUGAACAACAACUGAAGGACAUGAUGCGGAAAAUGGAUAAGAUGAGAGAGAAAAUUCCGUAUACCAAACCUACCGCUCGUAUAAAAGUUGAACCACUUUUGGAGGUUCGAGAAGAGUUGCCAAGGCAAAAACGCAGUCGAAGCCAACCGCGAAUGUCUGUUCUGAAUGCUAUUUCAAGUUCAUCUUCGUCAGACAGUGAGACCUCGGCUGAUCAUUAUGUUCGGAACGGGGUUGGAAGGCGAGCGAAGAGUCAUAUAGCGAAGGCGGAUGCAAUGGUGCAAAUAGGUUACCAAAACAGGGCUGCUGAAGCUCAAUAUUUGAAUGGGCAAAUUGGUGUUCGGAAGGCGCACCCACAAAGUGACAAGUCUGUUCAAAUUGUUCCUGUAGCACCUUUGCAGCUUUCUGCUCAAACACAAAUGGGCUAUAGCGUGAAUACACGAGCAGUUCAGGUCGACGCGUCUACUAUGGAGGCAUAUAACAUGGAAGUGAAGAAAAAUACGCGUUCGAGAACCAUGCCAACUAGUUCGGAAGAUGACUAUAUUUCCCAAGUUGUGGCUGGUGGUCUCCAAACUGCGCCCGUGGAAGAAAACAGGAAAAAGCAACGCACAAGAAGGUCACCUUCAGAAAAAAUUCACGUUCAUAGUUUAACACAGAUAGGUAUUGCUACAAGUGACAAAGCUUCGAGUCCAGUGAGAGAGAUUGAUAGAGCACAAACAUGUACAAUGUGUCAGCGAAGAAAUCUUCUAGUGUCUCAAACGCAAGUAGGCCCACUUUAUAGUGGUUCAGAGAGAUACCAAGAUUAUCCCCUUCAUGAUGUAAAAUCGGAAAAUGGUCCGCACAAACGUGUUAAUAAGAAAGUUCAGAGUGGCUAUCCCUGUCUAACAGAUCGUGCAAAUCUCUACUGUCAGUGUGAUGUUUUUGGGCCUGAACGAAUGAUUGAAGAAAUGGAAACGGAAUCCGCGAUCUAUCAGAAUCCAAUAUCCGCUAGGCAGCCCAAGAAGAUGGACACCUUUGCUCAAGUUGGUGUCCUCUACUCUAAUGCCCGGCAACAGGCACAAGUUCCAUUAACCGACACAAUUUCUUCUUCAACUCAAGUGGGAAUGCUAUAUGAGAGUCCAAAACGACGAAUUGGACACGCCCAAUUUCAACAGAGAAGCUCAACUGACCUGAGCUCUGCUUCAAACACGAUUGAGGCCAUUCAGACUGAAAAAGAAAGGUAUGUUACUAAUGUGGCGUUAGAAUCUUUCGAACCUAAUUCGACGAUACAAGUUGAUGCUCCCCUAAUGAGAACUUCGGUGCAGGCACAAGGAAUGAAAAAAGAAUAUUCAGAUUCUAACGUUCAAGUCGGAAAGAUUCGGUCACAGAAUAGAUACGCGGAGUUAAGUGUGGAAAAUAAAUUGGAGCCCAUUGUUAUAGAUAAGCAACAGUCUCAAUAUGCUUUGCCACCUAAAGAGGUCCCAACAGGAAUAUCUCUUCAAGUUGGUCGUGAGCAAUAUGAUGAAAUUACACAGAUAUCAAGCAUUUUAACACAUGACGAGGUGCAAACACGUGAACCUAACUUACGAAUACACGAUCUCCAAGUGUAUGAUUCAAGUAUACUUAGACCAAAACGGUCAACUUCAGUGCCCUCUGUUCAAUAUUCGUCUGAAACACAGGUUGGCCCUAUGGUUAUACAUGAAAGCCUGAGCCCUAUUGGUGCUUUUGUGGAGACAGUUAAAGCAACAGAAGUGCUUAACGUACAGGCCAUGACAAAAUCAACUAAGCACAAACGUAUCCAGUCAUCUUGCGUGCCCUCAUCUCGAAAUGUUGAAAUGCAAAUCGGUCAGCUGGUUCAAGAAUCAGCCACGCAAUCGGUGGUGGAGAAUAAUGAUAUCACACAUAUUUCGCCCACUAUUCUGGCAGUUCAACAGAAGGCAAUCUCAUUACCUAAUUUAUUCGUAGCUGAAACUCAAGUACAACCAAAUGUACGCGGAAAGAAGCUGCAAGUUUCUAUUUCUAUGGAAGAGCCCACUUUGGAGAAAAAGCAUAAGAAACUGCAAGUUAGUGUUGACACAAUGAAAGAAAUGUACGACGUACAAGUUGCAACGUUACCAAUUGAGCAAAAAGAGCGCUUUGAUGUCAGUUGCGACACACAGAUUCAACCUCCAAAGAUUGCCAAGAAGGUACAAGUAUCCUUAAUGGAUUUACCAGACAUUCCGAUGGUUGCAAAUGCCCCGUUAGUCUAUUCUAUGCCUCCAGUGGAUAUGAAAGAUACUCCUGCUGUCUCGGAUGCAGUUUGUGAACCAAUGGCAAGCACACAGUACUACGACGCGCAAUGCCAGUGCCAGACGUUAACACAGGCACCAACACCAGUUAAAGUAGAAAUGGUUAAUGCUGGUUUACAAGUUUCCUCUGCUCCUCCACUUGUAGUAGCGGAACCUCUAAAGCCUGAAUGUCGCGAUACUUAUACACAGUCUGAUAAGGUGGCUGGUAUUGGCAAAAAGCUCCAAGUAGCCAUCGAAUUUGAGCGACCGAUAUAUGAAAUAACUACCCAGCAGACGUAUUUUGAGGACAUUAUUUCAAUACAACAACCAACCAUAAUGCAGCCAGUGUAUUCAGCACCACCACAGCCUAAAGUUGAGACGAAAGAUAGAGCUUGUGAACCCCCUUCCCCAUCUAUAGCAUUUGAUGCAAGUGUGCAGGCUGCAGAGAUAGAAGAACCCUCUAGAGACAUUGUCUUCAAAAAGAUUCAAGUGUCUCUUCCCGGUUUCGACGAAUCUGUUCAAACAGAAAAAGUGGAUAAGCCAAAAACAGUGGUUUUGGGCAAAAAGCUUCAAGUCACACCCACUGCCCUCUCCUUCGAGAGCGUACAAACGAUCUUCAUCGAACCAGUGAAAAUAGCUGUUGAAAAAGAAAAUCUAGUAUACUCUGCACCUCCGAUUAUGGCACCGCCUAAAGUUCAAACAGAUGACAAGGAAUGUGAUGCUCUAGAAAUCCUACAAGCCUUUGAUGCUAGUGUUCAAGUAGCAAGCUCUCAUGAGAAACCACGUCCUACAGUAGCUGGCAAAAAGUUACAAGUCAGUCCGGAACCUUUGGCUUUAAUUAGCUCUCUGGGAGACUGUAGACAGAUCCCAGUUCUUGAAAUCGCCAAAACACAGUCGACUCAAGCACCAGUUGAGCCACAAAUUAUUCAAGUACAAGAAGUGACUAGAGCAUAUGCCGCUUUACCACAGACAGUCAGUACAGAGGACAAGAUUUGCGAUGCAGUUCAACACAUUGAUAAUUUCGAUGCCAGUGUCCAAGCUGCUGAAGCAAAGGAAAUAAAACCAAUGAUGGUAGGCAAGAAACUACAAGUCUCUCCAAUUUCUCUUGAUAGUGCUAACGCUCAGACAAUUUAUGAAGAACCUUCGCCAAAUAUAGUUCAGGUUAAUCAAAUUAGCAGACAAUUUGCAGCACUCCCAUCGAAGAAUGAAGCCUAUGAUGUGGCUAUUCAAGCAAUUGAAGAAAAACCACAGUUGACUUUGAGGAUCCAGAAAAUACAAGCAUCUUUGCCAAUGGCUAAAAUGAACGAUAAAUCCAUUGAUGCGUUAGAACAUGUAAUUUCAUUUGAUGCCAGUGUUCAAGUUGCAGGGGCUCCGAAACCCGUUAUAAAAGGCAAAAAUCUUCAAGUAUCUUCAUCUUCAUUUACAUCCGUGAAGCCGCAACGUAAUGAUAAGAUCUUGCAGAUUUCUCCAGCUUCACUCGAAAACACGUUGGUUCAAAGCACUCUAGAACCGAUAAAGGAAACAAUAGUUGUGCCGGCUCCAAAAGUGUCAACUUCUAAUAAGGAAUGUGAGGCUAUUAUAAAACUGUCCAGCUUUGACGUUGAAGUACAGUUCUCUGAAGUAGUCCCACAGAAAGUAGUAUUUGACAAAAACAUGCAGUCUUCUGCACCUCUCCUAGAAACCACAAUAGUACAAUCCGAUUUCGUUGAGGAAGUGAAGAUACCUGUGGUACCAGUUGAGAAAGCCUCCGUUGUGUUUGCCAAACCACCAUCACCGCCAAAAGUCGUAACGACGGAUUCUUCAUGUGAACCUAUUCAACCUAGUCAAACCUUCGACGCCAUUACGCAAUCAAGUCCCGUAGCUUUUGCAGAGCCAGUAGCAAAACCACAAAUGUUCGGCAAGAAGCUACAAGUUAAUCUGGUCCCUGAUCUGACAGAAAAGCUAAUUCAGUCAACUAUUGAAUCUAAACUCGAUGCCGUCACAUCCCAGACUGUAACAAUAACUGAUAAACAGCCUACAAUGGAAGAUGAGUUUACCCAAUCAGAUUUUGUAAAACCGCCUGAAAAGCCUAUGAUGUUUGGCAAGAAGAUGCAAGUAGAUCUUAGACCAAGCAAGCAAGAUGAUGUGGCUCAAACUGAACCAUUUGUUAUUGAAGCUCCUGUAAUUGAGAAGGCACCUACGAUAGUUCAACCUGUUUAUUCAGCUCCACCUACAUUGAAUUUAGAUAUAAUGACAAUUCAGACGCCUAAAUAUACUUCGAUAUUAUCCUACGCUCAAUCGUCGGCUCAAGAACAGAAAUCUAGUUAUCAUGAAGAUGGUUGUGAUCCUUUGCCAAUUCUAGCUAGCGAUGCCUUCACACAGUCAGAAGAAAUGAAGCAAGAAUCGCCAAUUCCUGUAGUUGCUAGACAUAUCGCCCUUGUUCAGGAAUCUGCCCCUCUAAUGAAAACACAGUUGCAUGAUGUGGGCUGUGAUCCAAUACCUGAAGUGCCAAAAUUGGGAAAGAAGACGCUAGUCACACCCCCUUCACUAGAGGUUGGACAGGGUCAAACCGUCUGGGUAGAAGUUGAACUAGCGCAAGUUAUGUCCAAACGUGAAUCGAAUAUAAAUAAGACAACACAGAGUGAUGCUGUCGUUACCUACGGAAAGAAAUUGCAAGUCAUUCCCCCACCCAUGGAGGUUCGUGUAUGUCAAACAGUGCCUUCAAUUGAGUCAUCACCUUUAAUUUCAGCCGUUGAAGCACCUCCUGUUGUGGAAAAAGUGUGUGAACCUAUGCUCAAAACACCAACGAGUGACUUCUCUGUACAGAUGGACACUCCGGCUACUAAACCUCCUAAUCGCAGUGUUAGAAUUCAAAAGGGUGUUGGAGUUUUUGAAGGAACUCGCACAAUUGCCACUCAGUUAGCCACUCCAGAACCUAGACGCUCUCCAUUGUCCCCUGUUCUCGCUAGAACUAUUGGAAUUGAAUGGGGUGUGCAAGUUGAACCUGUCAGAAUGUCUGGUGUAACGCAAACUCCAGAUUUGGAACAGCCAACGAUACCAAUCCCUAAACCUAGUAUAUACUCAAAGUCGACCCAAGCUGAAUUUUUAUUUGAACCUAUUAAACCAAUUUCUGAACCGGAGGCAUUUGUUUCAGCUCCAAUUCCGCCAAGAAGCUCAGAAAACCUGUUCUCUUUCGUCCGAGAGACUAAAACAAGGCUCACUGGAAGGUCUAGGUCAGGAUCGUCAGGUUUGAUACCUUACAAGACACAAGUCAAUCAAUCCAAUAAUCUUUCUGUGAGUGUUCCUGCAAUGCUCAACAUAAAAACAGAUGUGACAAGUCCGGCAACAAUUACUGAGGGUUGGGGGUACUCUAAUCGUACUGCUUCUCAAGUACCUCGUCGAUAUGCUAGUCGAUUUAGGUCCACUGCUAAGCGUGGUACAUAUGACAGAAGAAAUAAAUCAAUGGAGAACAUUUAUGCAAGAGGAUCACGAACCCUACCUCGUCAUUUCAUUAGUGACUCUGAUCUUACUAUGGAAAAUAGAUGGUUACAGCAGCAAUUAGAGAUGGAACAACGAUGUGAAGAAUGCAUUAUUCAAUGUGUACGCUUGAUCGGAUUUGAUAAGGUUGCGCAAAUGGUUAUGGAUACAAGGUUACCAGGAGACCUUAGUCUGUUCGAAGACCUAGAAAGUUAUCAGGCAAAGAGAAGGCGAUUACAGAAUGCUCGAACGCAAUACACUUCAACAGCUCCAUUGGCAUGUCCAUACUGUUAUGACGGAGGUGAAGGUCAUAUUAAUGGUAGACAAGAAUGGCAGUUAGGAGCAGGUGAAGAGGAAUUCUUCAACGGAGACGAUAGAUAUGAAUGGGAUACUAUGGGAUCCUAUGGUUCUUCUAAGCGUGGCACCUACAAAUGGGUUACAAGAACGCCUAUAAUGGGUCAUAUGCAGGUAGAACCAACAAGUGAGGAAGUUGACCAACUCAUGAAGAGUCGUGCUCUCAAUGCAUAUUGUAGUGACUACGAAUUGCAGCAAAGUGGUAUCAAUGCCAACUUUGAGGAGAACGCUGCAUUCACUUUUGUGGCCUGGAAAACAAAUCAUGAAGGUGAUGGAAAGCUGGAAAUGGAUACCGUCGGUCACUUACUCAAACUCACAAUGGUUGGAGCGCGGGUACCAGGGACUGGAGAGGUAAUCUCCGCAGCAGAUGCAUUCUACCGUGGUAUUUUACGAGUCAUAUACAUGGAUGAUGAACGGGGUGUCAUACUUCCUCUGCCAGUAGCCAUCAAUGCUAACGCGGUUAUAGUGGAGAAGCGCUUCUCCAGUGGUGUUGGUAUUGCUUUCCAGUCAUCUCGUAAGUGUCCCGUUGAAUGUUCAGCUGUCUGGCAAACUCCUAACAUGCGACGAAGAACAUAUCGCGUAAACUACAUACGAGUGAGUGAUUCGGAACGCAUUCCAGUAAGCAGAGCCUUAAAUGAAGGUAUAAUCGAUAAAUACAGCGGUGAAAUUGUCGGCGUACGAGCACCGAGUUCAUUAGAAAUUGGCAAUCCUCUUCUGCAAAUUCGAGAAUCUAGUGUAGGCACAGGUGAAACAAUGGAGAGGAAACAUCGUCCGGAGAGGUUCAAUAUUCGUGAAGCCAUUCUGAAUGACAUCAUUAAUGUGGAUCUUAUUCAGCCCGAAGUCAUCUUACUCCCCGAUUCUGAAAUGGAUUCCGUGACCCCAGGAGAUGGACGAAGAGAAGAGGAUGGAUCGGUAGGAAGUGAAACAAAUUCAGACUUGGAAGUUUAG